AUGUCGCUCUUUCUAAACAUGAUCCGUGACAGAUUCAUCACGAUACCAGCACAGGAAGAAGACUGCACAGGCAAAACAUUCGUUGUGACAGGAGCAAACAGCGGUAUUGGCCUUGAAACAGUCCGUCAUCUUACAGAACUUAAAGCCGCCAAGGUGAUCUUGACAUGUCGAAGUAUUGAAAAGGGCGAGCAAGCCAAGAAGGACAUUGAAGAAUCGACUGGGAAGCAAAAUAUUGUUCAAGUUUGGCAUCUAGAUCUCGCUUCGUAUGACAGCGUUCGGGAAUUCGCUUCUCGCGUCAACAAAUUGGAGCGUGUCGAUGCCUUCAUCAACAACGCUGGCCUUCUCGAUUUCAAUCGUGAGAUGAUUGAAGGCCAUGAAUCAAUGUUGGCUGUCAACGUAAUAUCUACGACUCUGCUUUCGCUCCUUGUCUUGCCUGCCCUAAGGCUAACAGCGAUGAGGUUCAAUAUCGCUCCUCACCUUGUCAUUGUAUCUUCCGACGCAGCUUUUGAUUGCCGUCUCCCUAUAGGUGAGCCAAACAUAUUUGAGGCUCUCGAUGCUCAAACCAACAUUCUAGAGCACUACAACAAAUCAAAGCUCUUACAAGCCAUGUUCAUGUCUCGACUCUCCCAAGAAAUUGACGCUUCUGGAAAGGGACAUAUCCUCGUCAAUGCAGUACACCCAGGUUUGUGCUGCACACAGCUCUUCAAACACAUAUCUUUUCCGUUCUCCCUGUUUCUCUCUGCCCUUGUAGCGAUACUUGGACGGACCGCGGAGAUGGGAUCUCGGGCGUUGUUGGCUGGAGCUUUUGCAGGAGAGGAUCUACAUGGAAAGUUCAUGUUCAAUGGCGAGGAGCACCAGCUUCCCAAAUGUAUGCAAGGGGACGUAGGCGAAAAGUUGAGUAGACGUGUGUGGGAGGAGCUGAUGGAAUUGCUCGAGGGGAUUGAGCCUGGGGUAAUGGAUAAUAUCUAG